CCUCUUUCGUUCACGUCAGAGUAACUAGCCGUUUAAUCUGUGGUUUGCGUUAAAGCUGUUCUUUCUUGGUGAAUUAGUUCAUUUUCUUGUAAUUAUUUGCACUGAAAUUUAUUUGAACUAUUUGUGUAUAUAAUGAUAGUGUAUGGUUAAUUACAUAAAAUUGUCAAGUUGUGUUAGUAAUUUUAAUAAUUGCUACAAAUAUCAUAUCAGAAGUGAUUAGUGUUUUUGAUUCUCAAUAAAUUACGAAGUAGAAAUGACAACCCAAGAUCCAGGACCAGUGCCAGAUCGGUGGCUUAAUUGUCCACGGAAAUCGUCAGGGCUAAUAGCAGAAAAAUUCUUAGCAUUUAAGACGCCGUUAGGACCUCAAUUCAAUGAUAAAUUACCUGAAUGUAAUCGGUUUACGCCGUCGAUGCUUUUCAGCUAUGUGAAAGGUUUAAAGUUAAAACUUGGGUUAUGGAUUGAUCUCACAAAUACCAGCCGGUUUUACGAUAAAAGGGAAGUCGAAAAAAUGGAUUGUAAAUAUAUUAAAUUAUCCUGCCGUGGGCAUGGAGAAACACCUUCUGUGGAACAAACUAGGGCUUUUAUAAAGAUUGUUAAAAACUUCAUUGCCCAGAAUCCUUUAUUGAUUAUUGGAGUUCAUUGCACUCAUGGUUUCAACCGAACAGGUUUUCUAUUAGUCUCUUACAUGACAGAAGAAUUGGAUUGCAGUGUUGACGCAGCUCUUGCAGUGUUUGCUCAUGAAAGAAAUCCAGGUAUAUACAAACAGGACUAUAUCCUGGAAUUGUACAGACGUUACGAUGACGAAAGCCAGACUCCAUCAGCUCCGCCAAGACCAGACUGGUGUGAUGAGGAAGAAAUUGACUAUGACGAUGAUGAUGCUCCAAGUUUUUCCAAAGCUCCAACUCAAAAUACAUCAGCACAUAAGAACUCAAAGAACAAGAGGCGGAAAAAGGAGACGAACUACAAGAAGGACUCGUUCAUGCCGGGCGUGCGUGGUGUGGAGCCGUUCGACAGCCAGCCCCGCCUGCUGCAGGUCCAGCAGAAGGUGCAGCAGUUCUGCAAGUGGGAGUCCACUGGCUUCCCCGGCUCUCAGCCCGUGUCUAUGGAUAUGGAUAACAUCAAGGAGCUACACAAUAAACCGUAUAGGGUGUCGUGGAAGGCGGACGGAGUGAGAUACAUGAUGCUAAUAGAGGACAAGGACGAAGUGUACAUGCUGGAUAGAGACAACUGUGCGUUCAAGGUGCACGGCCUGAGCUUCCCGCACAACAAAGAGGAUCGACAUCUCAGGAACACCCUGCUUGACGGUGAAAUGGUAGUGGACCUCGUGGACGGCGAGAGCAAGCCGCGCUACUUGUGCUACGAUAUCGUUCGGUUCGAAGACCAGAACGUUGGCAAGGAGCCCUUCCACCCGGUCAGGAGUAACUGCAUACAGAAUGAGAUUAUUAACCCGAGGGACCGCGCGAUCACGAGCGGCGCGAUCGACAAGACCGCGGAGCCGUUCCGCGUCGCGCUCAAGGCGUUCUGGGACGUCGCCGUCGCGGAGCGGCUGCUCGGCGAGCAGUUCGCGCGCUCGCUGCACCACGAGCCCGACGGCCUCAUCUUCCAGCCGGCGCGGCUGCCCUAUGUACCCGGCCCGUGCCAGUACGUUUUGAAGUGGAAACCGGGUGAUUUGAAUAGCGUGGAUUUUCGAUUGAAAAUCGUUACCAAGGAAUGUGGGAUAAUGAAAGUGUCGGAAGGCCAGCUGUACGUCGGAUCACUAUCGACACCGUUCGGCAGCAUAAAGAAAAUCAAGAACAUAAAACACUUGCACGAUAAAAUCAUCGAGUGCAAGUAUGAGAACAACGAGUGGGUGUUUAUGCGCGAACGGACUGACAAAUCGUUCCCGAACAGCUUCGAUACAGCCGUGUCUGUAUUAAAAAGUAUAAAGAAUCCGGUAACAAAGGAAUAUCUACUGGAAUAUAUAGCGCGCUGGAGAUACCGAGAUGACUCCGACCACAUGCCGCCGCCAAAACGGAGAAGAUAAACUACGUUUAGAAAUAGGAAAAUUAUUAAAUGUCAAACGAAAAACCUGUAUAAAAAUUCUCAAUGUUAUAAUUUAAGUAAUUAUGGUUUGUUUACAUUACGAAGAAAUUAGAUCUUUUUGUAUGUUUCCUAUUCAAUUUAUGUUGCUUGAAACUUAAUGUACCUUUAUGAAAUAUGCUUAAUCAAUUUGUCGGUUCGGAGUUUUUAAUUACCGUUUAUUGAACUGUAUUUUGAGUACUUAUUAUUUAUUAUCUGAGUGACAUUUUUUUUACUGUUUCUCCCUUUUAAGACACUAAGGUCUGUAUGUAAACUUACCUAUAAGUUGUAAUUUUUGCAAUGUGAAAUAAAUGUUCACAAUUUA